AUGGCACCCAGGAUCUGGUCUCGGUGGUCCUUCCCCGCAGGCAGGUGUCAGGACCGGCCUAAUAAACAUGUGUGGCCUCCUCCUCUCGCUUGCUGGGCGGGCCUUUCCGGGGGCGGGGUUUUGAAGCUGAGGCUUCUGAGGCGCCCGCGUCGGGUCCGCCCCCGAGCGCCGAUUGGCUGGUGUGCUGGGCCCAGCAUGGGCAGGGGGCGGUUCCACUUAAAAACCCUGGGACAAGAGCGGUCCUUGUCUGCGUUCCGUGUCCAGGCAGGUGCAGGCGCCGCGGGGCCGGAUCCUCCGCGCGGCCGAGUCCAUCUCCUGGGAAAUGGGGCGGACAGUGUUUCCUUGACCGACUAUUGCGCCGCGGCUCUGCUACUGCUGCUGCCCGCCACCAUGUUCCACCUGCUCCUGGCGGCCCGUUCGGGCCCCGCGCGCCUGCUGGGUCCACCCGCGUCCCUGCCCGGGCUGGAGGCGCUGUGGAGCCCACGGGCGCUGCUGCUGUGGCUCGCCUGGCUCGGCCUGCAGGCGGCGCUCUACCUACUGCCGGCGCGCAAGGUGGCCGAGGGGCAGGAAUUGAAGGACAAGAGUCGCCUGCGCUAUCCUAUUAACGGCUUCCAGGCCCUGGUGCUGACAGCCCUGUUGGUGGGGCUGGGGAUGUCAGCGGGGCUGCCUCUGGGGGCGCUCCCGGAAAUGCUCCUGCCCUUGGCGUUUGUCGCCACCCUCACCGCUUUCAUCUUCAGCCUCUUUCUCUACAUGAAGGCGCAGGUAGCCCCAGUUUCGGCCCUGGCACCUGGGGGGAACUCAGGCAAUCCGAUUUACGACUUUUUUCUGGGACGAGAGCUCAACCCUCGUAUCUGUUUCUUCGACUUCAAAUAUUUCUGUGAACUGCGACCCGGCCUCAUCGGCUGGGUCCUCAUCAACCUGGCCCUGUUGAUGAAGGAGGCAGAGCUUCAGGGCAGUCCCUCACUGGCCAUGUGGCUGGUCAAUGGCUUCCAGUUGCUCUACGUGGGUGAUGCCCUCUGGCACGAGGAGGCCAUCCUCACCACCAUGGAUAUCACACAUGACGGGUUUGGCUUCAUGCUGGCGUUUGGGGACAUAGCCUGGGUGCCCUUCACCUACAGUCUGCAGGCCCAGUUCCUGCUGCACCACCCGCAGCCCCUGGGGUUGCCCAUGGCCUCUGUCAUCUGCCUCAUCAAUGCUAUUGGUUACUACAUCUUCCGUGGGGCGAAUUCCCAGAAAAACACUUUCCGAAAGAAUCCUUCUGACCCCAGAGUGGCUGGGCUUGAGACCAUCUCUACAGCCACAGGGCGGAAACUGCUGGUGUCUGGGUGGUGGGGUAUGGUCCGCCAUCCCAACUAUCUUGGAGACCUCAUCAUGGCUCUGGCUUGGUCCUUGCCCUGCGACCCUGGCGCUUUUGCUGCUGAGCCCCGAUGCCCACAUGAGCCAUGAGGUGUGGAAACGUUUGUGAACUGCGGGGUGGAGGGGCCGGCAGGGUGGUCACAGAGCCUCCUUCUCUACAGGGGUGUCACACCUGCUGCCCUACUUCUACCUCCUCUACUUCACCGCGCUGCUGGUGCACCGUGAGGCCCGGGAUGAGCGGCAGUGCCUGCAGAAGUACGGCCUGGCCUGGCAGGAGUACUGCCGGCGUGUGCCUUACCGCAUCAUGCCCUACAUCUACUGAAGCGGCUCCACCACCCCAGGUGGGGGCAUGUGCCCACUCAUCCACCAGCACACCCAGGACCAGGAGCCUCGACACACUUGGGACUCAAGGGCUUGCACCCCACCCAGCCCUGAGGAUGAACAACCUCAGAGAAGAGGUGGUUUAGAGCAAGGAAAAAAAUGAAACCAGUGACCAAAA